AUGGCCAAACUCGCUAGGCUCGCUUUCUAUCUGGUGGCCUUCAUGGCUGCUUCGCCUUUCACCGUCGCCGUUCCUACUGGGUCGCCCACGACCACUGAUCUCACGACGACUGCUGAACCCACCACCACCGAGCCUGAGCCAGCCACGACGACUGAGGAUCCCCUGACUACGACAACUGCGACUACGACCACCGAAGCUCCUGCUCCUACCGAGACCUCCCCCGAGGACGACGGCGACCCAGUCCUUGCUGGCUCGAUCGAUCGCGACUGCCUCACUGGUGAAGAGUACGAAGGUGUUGCGCAGGGAUGGAACAUCACCCUCGGUGGUGUGCCAUCCUACUACACUCGACCUUCGCUCGCCUGGCGAUUGGCCAAUCCAGGUCCCCCCAGGGUCCUCCUGUUCUACUCGGACGUCUACAGUGUGUUCUUCAUGAACAACAUCUUGCACAUGGAUUGGUUCGCUUCUCAAGGUUACUGGGUGUUCGGUCUCGACUACUUCCUCGGAGAUCCCGCGCAGAACCAACAACAGCCAUACGACGUCGAGGCAUGGGUCGCGUUUGCCAAGGCUCGUGCCGACCCACUCGUCCUCGUCUGGAACGCUGCCGUCCGAACUCUCUUCCCCACCGGUACUAAGUAUGUCGCUGUUGGCUACUGUUUCGGCGCUCCCUACUCGAUGGAGGCUGGUGCCACCACUGAGGUCGUCGCUGCCGCCUUCGCUCAACCCGCUCUGCUGACUGAGAGUCACUUCUACAACAUCACUCAACCCCUCUUCAUGUCCUGCGCCGAGAUCGACAUGACCUUCCCCACCGCCUCCCGCAACCGCGCCAUGGACAUCCUCUCGGAAAUUGAGGCCGUUCAUCACCUCCAAGUCUUUGGUGGAACUGAACACGGUUUUGCCACUCGUGCUGACCUCACCGACCCUGCUGAUGUCUGGGCCAAGGAGACCUCUGCGAACAGCAUCCUCGGCUGGUUCGAUCGCUUCACUGCCUAA